AUGAUGGAGGUAACCUACAAGGACUUCCGCUACUUCAUGCGCCUGCUCUCACGACGCGCCCAGCUCUGGACAGAGAUGGUCGUGGACGACACAAUUCUGCACAAUACCGAGACCGAGAAGUGCGAUCGUUUUUUGAGGUACAACGAGGCUGAGCAUCCCAUCGUCUGCCAGCUAGGAGGCAGCGACCCAAGCAAACUUGCUCAGGCGGCAGAGAUCGUGCAGAGGUAUGGCUACGAUGAGGUCAACCUCAACUGUGGAUGUCCCUCCAGCCGUGUAGCUGGCAAAGGCGAGUUCGGCUGCUCCUUGAUGAAGAAGAAGGACGUAGUUCGAGAAGCCAUCCGGGCGAUGAGUCGGGCGGUGCAGAUUCCGGUAACUGUGAAGUGCCGUUUGGGUGCAGAUGAGUUUGACUCGCCCGAGUUUACCCGCGACUUCGUGAGAACCGUUGCCCAGGGUGGGUGCAAGCAUUUCAUCAUCCAUGCGCGGAAGGCCUGGCUCAGUGGGCUGUCGCCUGCGCAGAACCGAACUAUUCCGCCGCUGCACUAUCCAAGAAUCCUCGACCUUUGCCAUCAGUUCCCAGAUCUCAAGUUCAGCAUCAACGGCGGGAUCGCUGAUGUGGGCCAUGCGAGA